AUGCCAUGGCUUCCAUAUCGAAGCAGUCAGUGGGCGAUCGGAGCUGAACAGCAGUGCUUUACAUCCAAGAGCGGGCUUGGCGAGCGGCUGCCACCGCUGACUGCGAAGGCUCAAGUUCUGCUGCCCACGAGCGCGAGCCUGACUCAAGCACGUGAUCGCGUGCCCGAACAACGCAUGCGGACACCUGCGGGGCAAAGCAACCUCACGGCACCUGAUCAAAUCACAGCCCGAAUCGCAGAUCAAUGCAAGGAGCUGCAUUGUGCACAGCCCUCGCAGGAUACGCAGAUGGUCCGGCAUAUUGGGUGA